GCACGGGGAAGUUGAGUAACUUGCCUGAGAUCACAGAGCUGUAAAUAACCAAGAUGGGAUUCCAGGAAAGGUGUCUUUACUCUGAAGUCAAUAGGUUUAACUAUCAGUAUGUAGCCUUUUAGUAUAUUCCAGAACUGCUGAGUUUCCAGAUGAGAAACUGAGACCCAGAGGUGCCGUUAAAUAGGUAGCGCUUGUCAAAUGUCUAACACAGUUCCCUGCACGGUGUCCGUCCUUGUCUGUUUCUUUCGAAUGCAUGUUGACUUGGGUUACUCCCAGAACCGAGGUCUCCCAACCUAAGAGUUCUUUCUUCCCACCCCUCCCAUCAGUUCUGUCUGUCUCCCCAUCUCUGGACCUCUCAGUGGCUUCUCUCUGGCUCCUUGGGCACUGAGAAUUGGAUCGUCCAGCUUUGGUUGAGCUAUGCUGACUCUGAAAUGCUUCUUGAAGGCAGAAGGCGUUUAGGAGGAGUCUGAGUCACCAGAAGAGACUUGGUGCGAUCAGAGCUUUGUAGCCUGCUAAGGCCAGCACCCAGAAAUGUUUGAUGAGUCAGGAGAAAGCCUGGGGUGCUCCCAGCCUCAGAAUACUGACUUCCCCUCUAUCUUACGUGCUCAGGUCUGCUGGACCAGCCUGUUCCUAGUAAUGACCUCUUUUCUCUGAGUUGUCCUUCUCUUUUCUGGUACUAGUCCUCUCUCCCACUUAGCCCUCCCCAGUGAAGAAAGUUGUGGUAUUUGGGAGGAAGGGGAAGACAAAUGGAACCAUGUGAACUUGGAUCUUGUUAUCUUAUAAUCAGAGAAAUCUCACAUUGUUCCCAGUUUGUAAGCUGUCUGUGUGAGAGCCAGUCUCCGGCCUGGAAAAACACUUUUGAUGCCAUUUGGUAACAUCUCCUGGGACUAUUUUUCUUUCUUUCUCAGUGGGACUCUGUGGGACGAGAAUGUAUCUAUCCUGCUUGGGCCUCCUACCUGGCUUAGGGCUCCAUUCUGCUAAAUAAUAGUGUGCCUUGUUUGAGAAAAUGCUUUGGCCUCGUUUCCCCAAAAAUUGCGUAUACAGUAAUUGAAGUUUAGUGUUUAAAAUUUCAUGUGUAAAAUAGCCUUGCUCUUUUAAGUCAUGAAUCCCUUUGAGAGUGAUCAAAGCCACAGAUUCUCCAAGAAAAAUGCAUGUGCACCAUCAUCUCAAGGGCUUCGUGGCCUAAAACCCCAGCCAACCCAGGUCUGGAAACCCAGCUUUAAAGGAACCCUGAAGUGAGCCCUUUGGGGAUGCAUAGAGCCACGUCUUAAAGGGUUUGUGUAUUAGGACUCAAAAACAAACCAGCGAAAACAGAAAACACCUAUAAUAAGGACUCAGAAAAAAAUGGGAGAGUUAACCCAGCAUCCUGAUGUCUUAUGACCAUGUGGAACUUACAUUCAGUGAUAUGAAGAACGUGCCCGAGGCCUUCAAAGGGACCAAGAAAGGCACCGUCUACCUUACCCCUUACCGGGUUGUCUUUCUGUCCAAAGGAAGGGAUGCCAUGCAGUCCUUCAUGAUGCCCUUUUAUCUGAUGAAGGACUGUGAGAUCAAGCAACCUGUGUUUGGUGCAAACUACAUCAAGGGAACAGUGAAGGCUGAAGCAGGAGGUGGCUGGGAAGGCUCUGCGCCGUACAAGUUGACCUUCACGGCAGGGGGAGCCAUCGAGUUUGGACAACGGAUGCUACAGGUGGCAUCUCAAGCCUCCCGAGGUGAAGCCCCCAAUGGAGCCUAUGGGUAUUCUUACAUGCCCAGCGGGGCCUAUGUCUUUCCCCCGCCAGUCGCCAAUGGAAUGUACCCCUGCCCUCCUGGCUACCCCUAUCCACCGCCCCCACCUGAGUUCUAUCCAGGACCCCCCAUGAUGGACGGGGCCAUGGGAUAUGUGCAGCCCCCACCACCGCCCUAUCCUGGGCCCAUGGAACCUCCGGUCAGCGGCCCUGAUGUCCCUUCUACCCCUGCAGCUGAAGCCAAGGCGGCAGAGGCGGCUGCCAGCGCCUAUUACAACCCGGGCAACCCACACAACGUCUACAUGCCCACGACCCAGCCUCCGCCACCUCCCUACUACCCCCCGGAAGAUAAGAAGACCCAGUAGACCCCUCCCACCCCUGCUUCCCACCCCUCGUCACUCUUCCCUUCCCUUCCUCUUGGGGCUGAGACUGGGGUUCGGGGGGUGAUGGAAGGGCCUUGUUCUUCCUCCAGGUGUGAUUAUAAAACACUUCCCAAGGACUGGUGUUGAGGGAAGGGGGGGCCCCCCUGACUCGGGAGCCGUGCCUCCCGGCUUCUCAAGCUAUAGCUCAGAGCCCGCUCAGUCGGCGCCGCUCAGUCGUGCUUCCCUCUCGCCACGCCUGGGGCUCUGUUCAGGAGCGUGAGCGUCCACCUCGUUCCCGUCUUGCUCUCGUAGUUUCUUCCCACGGAGACUCUCUGGCCACCUCCUGUACCGCAGUCCAGCUCCCUCGUUUUGGAAUCCACUUUAUACCCGGCCUCGUGAACUCCCUCAGACCAGCCUCGCGUCUUCCUGAGGGCCCCUGCCAGGCCCCCCUCACAUUCCCUCCACUCUGGUCUGUGCCUAACCAUGGAAACCGGACUGUCAGCCCACAUUCCAAUCCCAGCCAGCCUCCAGCCCCGGUCACGCUCUUCUUCCCCUCCCUGUCCUGUCCUCGGUCGUCUGUCACCACCGCUUUGUGACUUUUUGGAGCUUUAACGUGAGCUUCCAGGGGGUGGGCCGCCUCAGGACCAGGCCGCCGCGAUGGGGAGGGAGCCCACUGCUUCCCUCCGAGUGUUUCUGGCAUUUGUUUCCCUUUGCCUUCUCUCUUUUCUCUCUAGAAGGGGCUUCUCAGACUGGAUGCAUGUUCAUCCAUCCCAUCAUGCCAUUUGGGGGCUGCUGGGUGGGCUGGAACAAAGGCCCUGACCCCUGGGGCCUGGCCUGAACCUGUGUGCUGACCGUGACCUCUCACCAGCCCCUCACCCUGCCCUCUUCCCUUUAAGCUUCAUGCCUAAUUGGUGAUAUGCCCCCUGGAUGCACUAAAAUUUGCUCUCAUUUGCUUCUGGACUGGCCGUGAAGUGAGGAGAUGGUUAUUUAAAGAGAAUUCCCUAUUUAUUUGACAAAAAAAAAAAAAAAAGAGAA